AUGGCACAUGGCGCGUCGAAGACAUCCGAGACACAUCCUUCCUCUGAUGACGGCCUUACCUUCUACCCGGCAUACUGCUACAAAGCCUCACGCACGCACUUCGCAUGGGUAAAGUUGAGCGCAGUAAAUGUCCAUAGACUGGUUCGUCGCAGCGGAUAUGAAGGACAGAACAUCUAUUUCUACAAAAACCACCCGAUACAAUUCAUCUGUCUGGCGGGUAUAAUUGUUUCGCGUGAAGAACAGACUCGCAGAACAGUAUUGACGCUGGACGAUAGCUCCGGGUCGAAUAUUGAAAUCGUAUGUUCGAAGAAGCUAGUAGAGCAGCCGGGAUCGGAAUCUCAGCGCGCUGUCGAGGCUGGGGCAGUUACGGGCACCGUGUCCGCCCCCGCGGUAUAUAUGACGUCUACUACCCAUGAGCCGAUAGAUAUCAGCUCUCUAGUGCCGGGCGUAAUAGCCAAACUGAAGGGGACGGUGAUAUCGUUCCGGAACAUGAAACAGCUUCAUCUCGAGCGUUUUGUGCUCCUAACGGAUAUGGCUGGUGAGAUACAAUUCUGGGAUGAGCGGACGCGGUUCUUGGUUGAUGUGCUUAAUAGACCCUGGCACUUGUCUGCGAGGCAGAUAGAACAGCUGAGGAUCGAGGAGAUUGGUCUAGAGGAAAAGAAGAUGAAGAAGGCACGGGUCAGGGAGAAGGAUAGGGCAAGGAGGGAGAGUAAGAGGGCAGAGAGGGAGGAGAAAGACUACGAGAGGAUUGUUAGGAGAUAUGAGAGGGAAGAAGAUGUGAGGAGGACUUAUGCCGAGAGGUGUAGGGAGAUUAGCGGAAGGUUUAAGAAGGCUGGAAGGAGAUAA